AUGCCGCCACGAUUAAACGUCCCCGCGAUCACGCGCUCGAUCGCGUUCCGGCCAAGGCCUCAGGCUCAAUGGCCUGCUCGGUCAGCGCUUCGAAUGGCGCCGUCGCAAUGCCGCCUCUACUCGGAUCAAACCAAGCCUCCCGCCGCCGACCGAUCGAAGCGAGAGGACGCAAAGCCAAUUGAACAUGUCUCGGAAGAAGCAGCCUCGAUGGCCAAGACAAUGGGAGAGGACGGUCCCGACCUCAACCAGGGCACAGCAAUUGAAGAUGUAGUCAAGGGGGACAAAGAGGCGCAACAGAACCUGCCCAAGGUGAUGCAGGACAAGCUCAACUCGCAAAAGCCCAAGACGACACCGAAUAUGGCACCCAAGGGCUCGCGGUCCUAUUCAACUAUGACGACACAGCCAAGUGGAAACAGCGGCGUGGACAUGGGCCUCGUAGACUUCCAGGCUGCUUCAAAAGCGCCCACGACGCCAGGGCUCAAGUAUGAGAUGCCCACUCUGCCGCUGCCCAAGGACGGCCAUGUCAAGCAUCGCCACGAUCCCGUAGUUGACCAGGUCACCAAUCUGCUCAUGCGACACGGCAAGAAGAGCGUUGCGGAGCGAAACAUGGCGCUGAUUCUGCAACACCUUCGGACAUCACCGGUUCCCACCAUUAACCCAGCACGACCUCUGCUUCCUGGUGCGCCGCCACCAUCGCAUCUACCCCUCAACCCUGUGCUUUACCUUACUCUCGCCAUUGACUCUGUCUCGCCUCUGAUGCGCAUCCGAAGUCAGCGUGGCGCUGCUGGAGGUGGUGUUGCCCUUCAGAUCCCCGUUCCGCUGGGUCAAAGGCAACGGCGACGUUCUGCUAUCCAGUGGAUCCUGGCCGCAGCUUCUAAGCGGAGGAAUAUGGGCAGUGGAAAAGGCAGCUUUGCCCAGCGUAUUGCGCAGGAGCUCAUUGCUGUAGUACAGGGCACGAGCGGCAUCUGGGACAGGCGCAAUGCUAUUCACAAGCUUGGUGUUGCUGCACGAGCUAAUAUUGUUCUACCCAGGAAGAGGUAG